GGGAGUCCUUGCUCCCGCGUGGCGUCACAUCACAAACCUCAGGUCUCGUGGCUUGUGCCUUGUGCUGGACACCACCGCCCGGCGCAGCUCCCGAGAAAGCGACCGCCUUUCUCGUGUCCUCUCGCUCUCCGUCCAAGCACACUAGUCAGAGCGAACACGUCACACGGCCCACUCAAGCCGUCACAUUCGACCAUGGACAUGCCCACGGCGGCGUGCUCGCCGUCCUCGUCGGCGCAGCCUCCGCCGUCGUCGUCAGGCGUCGAUGUGGUCGUUGACGCGGGGAACGACGAGGAACGGCGGCGCCUGCUCCUCGAUGCCGCCAUCGACGGCAACCUCGACCUCCUCGCCAGGAUGGCGCUGGAGUUGCUGCCGCCGGCGCCUAGCGCCACGGGCGCGGACGUCACCGGCGUCUGGUCGACGUGCGGCAGGGCGCUCCACCUGGCCGCGACCAACGGCAGGACGGACGUCUGCCGCUACCUGGUCCAGGACCUCGCCAUCCCCGUCGACGUCCUCUCCGACGAGCGCGAGACGCCGCUGCUCCUGGCGGCCACCUUCGGCCACACCGCAACGGCGGCCUGGCUCCUGGAGCGCGGCGCCAGCCCGCGCGCCCCGGACGUCGACGGCGAGACCCCGCUCCACUGGGCCGCUUACAACGGGGAUCGCGACCUGGCGAUGCUGCUCCUGUGCAAGGGCGCCGACGUGGGCGCGACGAACCCCCGGGGCACGGCGCUCCACGUCGCCGCCAUGCGCGGGUUCCCGGAAGUCAUCCGCGUCCUGCUGCGCCACGGCGCCGAUCCCAACAAGUUCGCCAGCCGUGUCUUCACGCCCUUGGUCUCGUCGCUUCUUGGUGGCUCCGUGGAAUGCAUGAAGCUGCUCAUUGAGGCUGGGGCUAAUGUUCAUGCCGGUGGAUUCAGUGGAGCGACCCCUCUGUUGUUAGCGUGCAGCCGCCGUGGCAACAUCGGAUUCGUCAAGUGCUUGUUGAAGGCUGGAGCAGAUCCGAACGUUCCUGACGAACUUGGUAGGUUGCCGAUAGAAAUUGCCGCGGUCCAAGGUGGAAAAAAACUUGUUCAACUUCUGUUUCCUGUGACUCGAUGCCCUCCAAACAUGGUUGCCUGGAGUGUUGCUGGCAUCAUGAGUCAUGUGAAUUCUGCUGCUUACAAGGAGCGGGUGAGAAAGGGCUCCUGUAAGAGGAAAGCUGAACUAAAACUAGAAGGGAACAAGGCCUACGAAAUCAAGGACUACGACACGGCUAUACUUAUGUACAACAUGGCACUGAAGUUCGAUGACCCAAACGACAUAGAUGCAUCCAUAUAUGCAAACAAGAGCCUCUGUUGGCUGCGCCUUGGUGUUGGCGACGAGGCGCUUUCGGACGCCCAGGCCUGCAUCAGGUUAUGGCCUGACUGGGGGAAAGGCUACUACCGCCAAGGAGAGGCCUUCCGCUUCCUGCAGGAUUACGCCAGCGCUUACGCCGCGUUUGUCAAGGCAUCGGAGCUUGAUCCGCAGAACCCUAAGAUCGCCAACGCCCUCAGGGAUCUCUUGGAGCGCACGAAGGGCGCAUCGGUUUCACGGUGCUUGGAGGAAGGGGUGCAAGUGCAAGGAAGAAGCCAGGUUCUGUCUGGGCCGUGUGAUCAAACAGUCCAAGGGCGGGGCUCUUUUGUGCAGGCAGUAGGUAGAGGUCAGCCACUAUCCAGUGGCCAGUAGGAAAAUGGUGGAGCGGUGUGAAAACAAACUGUGGCGGGAGUCGGAGGCUGUAUAGUUGUGUUUCUGGUGGGCUUUGUGGUUUGGUUUUGCGCACUCUGUUUCCUGGGCCGGAUAGCAUUCGAGGCCCGUCGUGAUGGCUAACUGAAAAUGUGUGCAGCCAGGGUCGUUGUAAAAAACAAAGGACGUUUGAUACGAGCACUUCCCAGAUCGAA